AUGAACAUCAACACUGAAUUCAAUCCCAUUAUCUCGCCCUGUCGUCUUAAUAACAAUGCCUUGUCGCCCAUUUCAGAUGAUGACUUGUUCGCAAACUUGAACAAACAUGUACCACUUGCAGAGUCUACCCGCGGUCUUAGUUUCGCUUCUGUUUCUCGUUCCUUGGCUCCUAAGAAGAUGGACACAGUUUUGUCUUGUACUGAAAUGCUCGAAAUGGAACUGGUUCAAAAUUUAGAGGCUUUUAGUGCUGCUCACGCCAUAAACGAUGAGCAAGCAGCUGAAAUAGCACUCAAUAAAAUCAAGCGCACCAAAGAAGCAAUCCUAAUUAGUAAAGAGUGCAGUGAGAUUUUGUCUCCCUCUGUUAAGGUCAUAGAGAGGGAUAGUUACACUAAAAGGUUGACUCUUAAUAUAAGAGAUCUUCCUAAGUUCCAGUUGUCAGACGAUAUGAUUAGACCCUUCCCAAAUGAAGAGGUAUUUCAGUCAGUCGAUCAUUUCCUUUGUGCUUUUCAGAAGACUAUAGAUCUAUAUCUUUUAGACAUUGAACAAGUUUGGAGAACAAUCUUCCCGCUCUGCUUGCCUCAUGAUUAUGAUAGAUGGGUAGAAAUGGUUUUGAAGAAAUGUGUAGAUUGGAAGGCGGCCAAGAACUGCUUUACAGUAAGACAUGAAUUGCGGCUAUUGAUAUCGCGAUCAGUGAAAGAGGUGUUUACUAUGGAGAUGCAAAGCACCGAAUCAAUUGAAGAUUACUCAAAGAAGUUCCUUCAGGCCGUAUCCGAUGCUGACCUUGCUAAAGACGAUGCUCACAUCGCUGAUCGCUUUCUUACUUCCCUAACCGUACAAGUACAAACACUACUACGAUUCAUAAUAAACCGCUUAGACCUUGGUGGUGAGCUAAAACGCGAUUGGACUGUGGAGCAGCUGACACAGAUUGGGAGAGGCAUCCUUGGAGAUGACAAUCGGUUGCAUGCUGAAGCUACCCAGCCCAUUCCUGAUAAAAAUGUGCACACUGAGAAUAUAAUGGAGAAGAGAACAGACAAGAAAAUGGCGAGCUAUUCUCGAAAGAAAGUAAACCACAACAGUGUCCAGCAUCGUGUUAGCAAGCCGGAAAGAUCGUUCUUCUGCUCGCACCAUGGCAAGAACCACACGCAUGAAUCGAGUGAAUGUUUCACCUUGGUCAACCGAAAGCCAAAAGUAUCUAUCUCCGACAGUUGUAACCCUUGCAGACGUUGUGGGGAAAAUUACAUCCGUGGCCAUACUACAAGGGAAAAGACUGAGAAAGGGCUCAAGCGCCUCCAAGAUUGUACUGGUAUCAAACUCGGAAACAUAUUAUUUGACUUUCUGGAGAUUGUUAACUUGUCAGGUUUAUUAGUAAAAAACAACUACAUUCCUAUAGUAACCCAUUAUGGAUCCACCCCUUUGGGUGGCACAUCAACAAGCUGGCAGAUGGUCUCUAGAUCUAUUCACUGGUCAUUCAUCUCCUCUCAACCCAAAAAUAAGACUGUCACUAUCUUCUUGACACCUUGGAGUGAAAUACUCUUCAAUAUAAAUCUUGCUGUUGCUACUUGGGCUCGCAGUGUCUACCAUGUCAGUGACAUUUUCAACCUUGGCAAGACUGCCAACUCUACUCUGGUUGAGCAAAUUUUCUUUUCUAUCUUUGGUGCUACGGAGGCACUCUCAACUUGCCUCAUCAGUGGCAAGGAACUUCUUACUGAGGUACUCUUCUCUGAUGUGAAGAUUUGUGAACAAGUCAUCACCAUAGGUUUUUUAUAUAACAACAAAUGCAUUGUUGGUACACCAGGUCUUCCUGUUAACAAAAAUAUUGUGAAAAUUAAUUUGUACAAUAUCCCUAAUUGCUUCCCUGAGACCAAUCUACAGGACCCACUUGUUGAGGCUCUGAAGUCUCAUGGGAAGGCCGGUGGGAUCAGGCCUGCUACACCAUCUAUCACAGCUGUUGCUGUGCCAGCACAAACAUCUCAUACAUCUGUUGUGACACCCUCUCCUCCCACUCCUACUCUACCAGCAGUAAACACAGAAGAAGACAAACUCGAUGCCUACCUUACCGAUUUCAUUGCUACUGUUAUUGUCAAAGAUGCAGUUAUAGAUGAGAGUGCUUCCUUAUCUGAUAUCAAACAGACUGCUUCUGGGAACACUGAGAGCAACUAG